AUGAGCUUCCUGUGGGUGGCUGGGUCUCCUGAUUCCCUCUCCUCUCUGCCAGGACCCCAGGCUUCUGAAGCCCUCCGCACCAAAGCUGUGUUCCAGACAUCGGAGCUGGAGGAGAGCAAUGCCUGGAUGGCAGUGAAGGAGGCUCAUAUGGAGAACACCAUGACCAUCAGCCUCACCAACCCUCCAGAUGCUGUCAUUGCCUGCUACCAGCUGAGCACCAAGGUUUCCUCUCACUGCAAACACAGUAACAGGAAGCUGGGCGAGUUUGUUCUGCUUUUCAACCCAUGGUGCCCAGAUACGGAGGAUGAUGUGUUUCUGGCCACAGAGGAAGAGAGACAGGAGUACAUAAUGCUCAAUGACAGCGGGAUCAUCUUCCAAGGAGUGGAGAAGCACAUCUGAGCCUAAGGCUGGAACUUCAGGAAGUUUGAGGAGGACAUCCUGGACAUCUGCUUCUGCAUCCUGGACCGAAGCCCUAGUCACCAAGAUGACCCAGCCACCACCAAAGCGUCCCACCACUACGACCCCAUCUACGUCACUGGAGCCAUCAGCGCCAUGGUGAACAGCAACAACGACCAGGGCAUGGUACAAGGCCAGUGGCAGGGCAAGUACGGUGGCAGCACCAGCCCACUGCACUGGCGUGGCAGCGUGGCCAUUCUGCACAAGUCGUUCAAGGGCAGGUUCAAGCCAGUCAGAUACGGCCAGUGCUGGGUCUUUGCUGGAGUCAUGUGUACAGCAUCCUGCUCUUCACUCCUUGGGUGCUUGGGGAUUUCGACACGGAUUGUGUCCAAAUUUAACUUGGCACAUGACACGGGCAGGAACCUUAGUGUGGACAAGUACAUGGACUCCUUCGGGUGGACACUGGAGGACUUGAUGGAGGACAACAUGUGGAAUUUCCAUGUCUGGAAUGAGAGCUGGUUUGUCUGGCAGGACCUGGGCCCCGCUUACAAUGGUUGGCAGGUUCUGGAUGCCACCCCCAGGGAGGAGAGUGAAAGUACAGGCUUAGGGGGGCAGGUCCCAGACCCCCGCUUUUGCUCCCCUGGAGCUGCUCACGCCCAUCCCUCCUGCGCAGGUGUGUUCCAGUGCGGCCCGGCUUCGGUCACCGCCAUCCGCAAGGGCGACGCGCACUUGGCCCACGACAGUCCUUCUGUGUUUGCGGAGGUCAACGUGGACUACAUCACCUGGCUCUGGAAUGAGAAUGAAGCCGGGAGCGUGUGUCCUCAGACACUAAGUACUAAGAAGAUCGGGAGGUGCCUCAGCACCAAGGCAGUGGGCAGCGACUCCCACGUGGACAUCACCAGCCUCUACAAGUAUCCGGAAGGAUCCCAGAAGGAGAGAUAGAUGUACAGCAAGACCAUGAAGAAGCUGUUAAGAGUGGAAGCCUCUGGAAGGAGGGCCCAGGUCCACAGUGUGGGCAGCCAUGGUCUCUGGCAUGAAGACCUCCUGGAGCCUGCCAAUAAGCCCAGCAUCACUGGAAAGUUCAAGGUGCUGGAGCCGCCCGUGCUGGGCCAUGACCUGAGGCUGGUCCUUUGCUUGGCUAACCUCACAUCCUGGGUCCAGUGGGUCCAAGUCACCAUACUUUACACCCACAAGCCGGUGGCAGAGAUCCUGCACGAAUCCCAUGCAGUGAAGCUGGGGCCAGAAGAAGAGAAAAAGAUCCCAAUUGCAAUAUCUUACUCUCAAUAUAAGGAAGACCUGACAGAGGACAAGAAGAUGCUUUUGGCUGCCAUGUACCUUGUCACCAAGGGAGAGAAGCUCCUGGUGGAGAAGGACAUUACUCUGGAGGACUUCAUCAUUAUUAAGGUGCUUGGCCCAGCCGCGGUGGGGGUGGAAGUGAUGGUGGUCAACCCCCUCUCGGAGAGAGUGCAGGACUGUAUGCUGAUGGUGGAGGGCAGUGGCCUUCCCCAGGGACAGCUCAGCAUCGAUGUGCCCAGCCUGCAGCCCCAAGAGAGGGCCUCAGUCCAAUUCAACAUCAUCCCCUCCAAGAGUGGCCCACGGCAGCUGCAGGUGGACCUUGUCAGCUCCCACUUCCCAGACAUCAAGGUCUUUGUGAUCAUCCACGUGGCCACAGCCAAAUUAUGGGCCAUGGGGGGCCAAGAGUGGAGGAGAUGUCCCCUGUUCUCCUCCUGUCCACCUCUCUGCCCUUCCCAUAUGGGAGCCAGGAGGUCUGGGUUCCAGUCCUGAUUCAGCUUCUGCCCUACUCUGUGAACUUGGGCAAGUCCUUCCCCUCCUGGGCCUCAGUGUCCCUAUAUGUAAAAUGAGGUGUUAGACUCAGUAACCCUUAAACUUUUGGACAAUGAUGGAUGAUAUAAGGAGCCACUACCACCUUCAUCUCAUCACCCUCAUUGCUGAUGGACUAAUGGACUGAGAGUCACAGUAACCUUGGCCCACCCGGCUGUGCCACCUCCUGCCAGCCAGUUCACCGUCACCCUGGCUGACCCCUGCACUAUCCUUGCUUGUCUCUCAACUCUUCAAUGCUCUGACCACAGCAAGAUCAAGAAUAUUCUCCAAGCUCUGACAGAGAACCCAAAAGUUUUGGCACUGACACCUAAAUAUCCCUCAACACUCCUGUCUUACACAGAGGGGACAGUCUAGCCUAUGGCCACGGGGUAAGCUAGAGACAGAGCUGGGGCCCUUGUGCAUGCCAUUUACAUCAGCAAAGUUUUACCCCAAAGUCAUGUUCCUGAAAAGCAUUGGGUUUAAAGUGAUGGGAGAAUUUCCCUCAAUGAAGACACAGGCCCAGCAACUGAAGCUGGGGAGGGGGAACGCGUGGGGAAGGGAGUGAUUACUGCUGCCUGAAAGAAGCUGAAGAAAGAGGAAGGACCAUCAAGCCCAGCUGAGUUUGGGGAUAGAGCCCCAAAUCUGAUCUAGCUAUGGUCAUCAGGGAUCUCGUACAACCAACCCAGCUACACCCAAUGUUCAUUUACUUCUUUGGAACCAGAACAGUGUUGCCUUUGAAAAACAUCCCCAGCAGCUUACCCUACACAC